GGGGCGGUGCUGCGCGGCGCGGGCAGCUCGGCAGGCGGGCGGGAACCCUCGGCAGGAGCCGGCAGCGCCGUGUGCUCCGGGCCGGGGAGCAGAGGCGGGGCGACCCGAGUCGGGCAGGAUCGGCGCGGCCUAACGGCGCCUGUCGCCCCCUCUGGUGUAGCUCCCACCCGUGCCAUGCCCUCCGACCUGGCCAAGAAGAAGGCGGCCAAGAAGAAGGAGGCGGCCAAGGCCCGGCAGCGGCCACGCCGGGUCCCGGACGAGAACGGAGAUGCCGGGACGGAGCCGCAGGAAGUCCGGCCCCCGGAGGCCAAUGGGACGGUGCUGCCAGAGGUGGAUGCUCUUACAAAGGAGCUGGAGGAUUUUGAGUUAAAGAAAGCUGCUGCCCGAGCCGUGACAGGAGUGCUGGCCUCCCACCCCAACAGCACUGAUGUGCAUAUCAUCAACCUCUCACUGACCUUUCAUGGGCAGGAGCUACUGAGUGACACCAAACUGGAGCUGAACUCUGGGAGACGCUAUGGCCUGAUUGGACUCAAUGGCAUUGGGAAAUCCAUGCUUUUGUCAGCUAUUGGGAAGCGAGAGGUGCCCAUCCCAGAGCACAUUGACAUCUAUCACCUGACCCGAGAGAUGCCUCCCAGUGACAAGACCCCUCUGCAGUGUGUGAUGGAGGUGGAUACAGAGAGAGCCAUGCUGGAGCGAGAAGCGGAGCGUUUAGCUCAUGAAGACGCGGAAUGUGAGAAACUCUUGGAGUUAUAUGAACGCCUGGAGGAGCUGGAUGCUGACAAGGCAGAAGCACGAGCCUCACGUAUCCUUCACGGCUUGGGGUUCACGCCAGCCAUGCAGAGGAAGAAGCUGAAGGACUUUAGUGGUGGCUGGCGAAUGAGGGUGGCUCUUGCCAGAGCGCUCUUCAUUCGGCCUUUCAUGCUGCUGCUCGACGAGCCCACAAACCACCUUGACCUGGAUGCCUGUGUGUGGUUGGAGGAAGAGCUGAAAACGUUCAAGCGGAUUCUUGUGCUGAUAUCCCACUCCCAGGACUUCCUGAAUGGCGUCUGCACCAACAUCAUCCACAUGCACAACCGCAAACUUAAGUACUACACGGGAAAUUAUGAUCAGUAUGUAAAGACUCGCUUAGAACUAGAAGAAAAUCAAAUGAAGCGAUUCCACUGGGAGCAAGAUCAGAUCGCUCAUAUGAAGAAUUACAUUGCACGAUUUGGCCAUGGUAGUGCGAAGCUGGCCAGGCAAGCUCAGAGCAAGGAGAAGACCCUUCAAAAAAUGAUGGCUUCUGGCUUGACAGAGAGAGUUGUGAAUGAUAAGACUUUAUCAUUCUACUUUCCCCCCUGUGGGAAAAUUCCCCCUCCCGUCAUCAUGGUGCAGAAUGUCAGCUUCAGAUACACCAAGGAUGGGCCAUGGAUCUAUAAUAACCUGGAGUUUGGAAUUGACCUGGAUACUCGUGUAGCUCUUGUUGGACCCAAUGGAGCUGGAAAGUCAACACUGCUGAAACUGCUCACAGGAGAGCUGCUGCCCACAGAUGGGAUGAUUCGCAAGCACUCGCAUGUGAAGAUCGGUAGAUACCACCAGCACUUGCAAGAGCAGUUGGACUUAGACCUCUCACCAUUGGAGUACAUGCUGAAAUGCUACCCAGAGAUCAAGGAGAAAGAAGAGAUGAGGAAAAUCAUUGGCAGAUAUGGUUUGACAGGGAAGCAGCAGGUGAGCCCCAUCAGGAACCUCUCUGAUGGGCAGAAGUGCCGUGUGUGCUUUGCCUGGCUGGCCUGGCAGAACCCUCACAUGCUCUUCCUGGAUGAGCCCACCAACCACCUGGACAUAGAAACCAUAGAUGCACUGGCAGAUGCUAUCAAUGAGUUCGAGGGAGGAAUGAUGCUUGUCAGCCAUGACUUCAGACUCAUCCAACAGGUCGCACAGGAGAUCUGGGUCUGUGAGAAGCAGACAAUCACCAAGUGGCAAGGGGACAUCCUUGCCUACAAGGAGCAUCUCAAGUCGAAGCUGGUGGAUGAGGACCCGCAGCUCACCAAACGGACCCACAACGUGUGAGCUGAGGGGCCCCGGCCGUGCUGUCCUGGGGCUGGCGCUGGCCACGGCGGGGGCAGAGCUGCUGCUCCCUCUGGCUGUGUUCUAGGAUUGCUGCAAUACUGCUUCCCCUCGACUUGCCUUGCACCUCUACGUCUGGACAGAGCUGUUCUCUUCUGAUCUGGCUACAUUUGGGCAACUGUUUCCUUAUUUAGACAACAUCCCAUCUGAGCCAGGCCUUGAAAUCUGUUGGCUUGGGGUCAUGACAGUGGCCAUCGGGGUGUCCAAGCUGCAGUGAUACACAAGUGGAGACCCCAGCCCAGCUUCUCCUGCCUUUUCCUUCCCAAUUUCUGCUUCAGUUUAGAUACUUCACUUCAAACUCCUCUGGCCUUGGUUUGUUUUUAACUAUUAUUUAACAGUGUAAUUAACAGAUCUGCCUGAGAAUCCAUCAGUCAAUAAAGAGAGAAAAACAA